GGCAAUUUUCGCUGGAAAAAGGGCUCGAGCUACCCAGCGCAGUGGGUGAAAAACUGAACUAAUCCUCUGACUUGGAAGUGCAGCGAUAGUUUGUAGAAUAUAUAAAAAUCUUCCCGAAGCCCUUGCGCUGGUUCCGUUGUAGGGAGAGGCCAGCGAAAAAGUGAUAAUUAGAUGAAUGAAGAAAGUGCAGUUACCAUCUUGUGUGCCCUGGAAGAAUGUUCUCCUGCCUCAGCCCCUAGAAUACCGAGACGCUCCUUUUUGCUGUGUGAAACCCACUUUGCUAGGCAUUCGUAAUGCGUGUGUGCGAUAAAUAAAUAAUCGAAAAAUCGGCGAAACCGUUCUUUAUUGUGCGCUUUUCCGCAGUGUCGGAAAGCAUCGAAAAAGGAGUACGGUGUAAUUCUCAAGGAGCUGAUAGUCGAACGAAAGAUUGAAAAAGUCGAAACUAGGUGAAGCAAAGCAACGCAAAAUCGUUCGCAAGUGAUGCAUAGUGGUAGCGGCAGGCAGUUUGAUUUUUGGGUGUUCCGGAGCCCGUUUUUCAGUGCCAUUAUUCCUGGCCGCCAGGAGUGUUUGGAAAAAUCAAUACUAAUAUAAAAAUUAACAAUGGCGGCUCGAAUCGUUUCGACGGAAGGAGUUUUUUUGCGCUUCGUGUGGCUCCGGCAGUGAAGGGGACGCGGUGUAAAAUGCACCCCAAACGUUAUCAACCCUCGAAGAAGAACACCUCGUACAACAUGCGAAUGCGAUAUUAGAGUGCUGUGUGCAUGCACAUAACACACAGAAGAAAAAAAAACACAAUAGAAAAAGAACGAAAGAGAGCGAGCACAAAGAAGACUCGAGCAGCUCAUCGAACAAACUCCUUGCCGUCCUUGCAGCACGGGGAGGAGCAGCAGCCCUAAACUUUCGAGAGAGGGAGAGCGUGUGCAGCGCAAAACGGAGAAUCCAUCCGCCGGAAGGACGAGCUCUAUAGCAGGAGCAACUGACUCCAUCCAUCCAUUGCACAAAUGUAGAGCGUUGCAUCGCAAAGGGGAGAAACGAGUACGAAAAAAACACACCACACAUACAUACACAAGGCUCUAUCAGGAGGCAGGAGGAGUGGGUAGAAGGAACCGGAACCCCCUGGACCGAGAAGAAGUUUUGUGGCGCAAGGAAGAACGUUUUCAAAAUUUGCUAUAGCAUAGCGACCAGCAAGCAACAGACGCUCAUUCUCGGUGCCAAUCUUCUUUUUUAAUUAGAAAAAAGUUCAGGCUCACCUCCCGCGAUAAUACUCGCGAUAGCGGCUUGUCCAGUGGCCUACAUACCUUCGGGGCCUGGUUCGGAUUCGAACGUCUACGUGCUCGGACACACGGUGGUGCUGUUUUCAUAGCCACACACCGAAAAUGCACAGCAUGGUGGUCGCUACUAAACAGCACAGGAAAGGAUCACGACGCAAGGACACCAACGGCAAUACUGUGCAAUGUGCCCAAAAUUCGCUCAAAAGUUUACUUCAUUGUGAUUAUUUCAACAUUCCUGCUACGGUCGGGGCGGACGCUUCCGUUGCUGCGUACGUUACCAGUGAUUGCGCUGGAAGCAACCAUCUCCUGACGGCCGCCUCCACUACUUUACUCCCCGAUGAACGAUUAGUCACAGCCAACUUUUCCACCCAUCAUGGCGGCGAUAAACGUCGAUGCAGCAGAAACAGCAGAAGAAGACGCGAAGCAACCCGAUGCAAUGGUGGCAACGGUGGCAGCAGUAUCCUUUCCCUCGCCAGAAUGCCCUGCAGCAGGAGUAUUUACACCCGCAUCACACCCCCCACACAGGCGGUCGGUGCUUCUGAUGCGACUCUAGCACGAUUUCGGCAGCCGGCAAUCGGUUCUGCGACGCACCACAGGAGCAGAACGAAACGGCUGCAGCGAUGUCUUGUUCAAACAUGUUUGGCCUUGUUCUUGAUACUAGGGUGCUGUGAUGCAGCGAAACAAGAAGUUUUACAAAGUGGAACGGGGUGCGCAUUUCCCAAGCGCUGGGAAGGUCAAUGGUUUCAGUCCGGUGUACAACAGCCAAUUACAAUAGAAGGAUCCACGUUAAGUACUAGAGGCCGAUGCAUCGCUAGCGAGGGCGAUAAGUUUUUAUUAGUUAAUGGCAAAGGAUGUCAUCGGUGCGUUGUAAUUUAUCAGAAGCAUAUAAACAUACUCCAGUAUAAAGAAAGUGAGUGUGAAGAUUUUUAUACAGGCCAGUUGAAUCCAGCUGCAAUGCCUAUUCAUAGCGUUUUAAAAAGUGAUCGGGGCUUAGCUCAUCCCAACAUGAACGGGCAUUCAAGAAUAUCGUCAUCGGAUCCGUAUAUGCGAUCCAAUGAAGAUAGCGACAAUUGCAUGGGAUGCAAGGGUCGCGAAACACUGCACAACCUUUGCGAGCAGAUCCCGGGAGAUGCUCUACUGUACAGUAUGUUUAAAAUUAAUCCAGAGCCAAUUAAGUGUCCUCUGUCAGGUUCAUAUACGUUCACCUACAAUCGAGGCCAUGGGGAGUGUAGAAGUCCCGUGUCGAACAUGGAAAUGUGUACAGAAGACAGUAGAUUACUGCUAAGUUUUCAGGCUUGCCCUGACGUACCUGGGACCGAAAGCACGGUUGAGGAACUAACAUGCCUAGCAUGGUGGAAGGACGGUAAUUCACGUUAUCUUGUGGGGUUGGUUUCACAUCAUCAUGCCACCUCGAACGAGGAACGAUUUAGGUGCUUUGUGUACGAAAAGCUAAGCGGAUCUGAUGCCGAAUAUAAACUUGCCCAGUCAGGAGAUGCCACUUGCAACGGACUUGAAAGUGCGGAGGUUGGUUCCAGGAUCAUGACGCUGAAGAAGGCACCACUGAUGGACCGUUGUGAUUUCCCGGUUUGGUUUAAGGGCCCUCGUUUUUGGCAUGCCCUUAUGGGAAGUGCACACUACGUGUUUGAUGCGAGUGAUGGUUCGUUGCACAUCAAAAAGCCCAAUGGUCACACAGUCGCCAGAUCUCUGUGCGAACAAAUCAACAAGCAAACGGCAUCCGAGAUGAUGGUCGUCGUACACCAUACGAUGGGCUGCAAAUCCGGGUUUAUGUGCGUGAUGUUCUACAGACGAGACACGCACGUAGCGGAGCUACAGAUGGGCACACCGGCUGCCAGACUUGAAGAUGCAUGCACAACCGAAAACUUUGAUGUUCAUCGAACUCCGUUCGUGACGCUUUUAGCUAAUAAUUCCGAAACGCAGCUCUGCCCGAUGGAGGGCCAGUACAUGAUGAAGGGCUUCCUUACGCCCACUUCAUCCAUUUCGCGCCACAAACGCAACCACAACAAUAAGGCCCGUUCGCACCGCCACUGGGAUGUGGUGGGGUACCGGAACCAGGAGAGUGCCAUCGCCAGUAGCAGCGUUAGCGCCGGUGGUACCGUCGGUGGUGUCAUCGGUGCCGGAGGGUACAUGGGCCUGGAGACGAAGCGGAGGGCAUUCCUGCCACGUUCGCGACGUACGGCAAUUGAGCUUGCGCGGAACGAUUCGUAUACGGUUCACGCUGAGGACGGUGCUGUUGCUACCGACAUUGCCAGAGCACGACGGGAAACGGCCAGCGGAUGUAAUAUCAAUCACAGCACCAACCGCCAUUUGUUAAUCGGAUGCAACGAAAAUAGCAUAAUUGAAGUGAAACCAAAAUGUAAAAUCGACGAUGAAGAGUUGUAUACAUGCCUCGGUCAUUGGCAGGAAAACCAGACAACGUACAUCAUCGCCAAGCACGCAAUGUCCCAGCAUGGUGUGUGCAUCAGCUACGUGCCAACGGAGGGCAGCCAUGUGCAGGUCUACGUCGGGGACACUUGCCACCGGGCCGGUAUGCAAUCGGGCCAACACCGAUCAAUGCCAGCCAACGUAACGAGCUACGGUAAAUGUGGCGAGACCAAUGCCGCGGUCUCUUUACGUCAUCAAACUAUCAGCUGGCUCUAUUCCGUCGUAUUAUCUAUACUUCUCAUUCGGUAUGUCUUGCGAUGAUCAUCUGCGACUAGGCAGUAAUCGUAAACGCGACACCUCUUCAUUGCACGGUGUGGCAAGAUAUGGCCGAGAUGAAUGAGCUGUAAGUGAUGUAUUUGUUGUGUGUUGCAAAUUUGCAUGUCAAUCAGAUUAAAAACAAACAAGCAAGCAUCCAGGCGCCGACAAUAGGCUAGGCAAAUUAGCGUUCGUUCGGUGGAAUGCGACCAUAAGCGCACAGAUGGUGUGUGCAAGUACUUCUGUGGCACAAUAGAGGCAAAGGAUAUCGUGUACAUCGAUACAAAGUGUACAAAGCGAAAUGUGUAGCAGCUUAUUGGGAAUAAAAAGUGACGACGUGUUUUAUGAUUUUAUUUUAUUAUUUAUUAAA